AUGGUAUACGUCAACAUGGAGGAAGGUAACAAUAGUCGGUUGUACUGUAUUAGUGACGAUUCUUCCAUUUCGCUGCAUUCAAAUUGUUCAAAAGGAAGCACUAUUUUCGUGCGUGAGCCGUCAGACGACGCACACACGGACCCAUCACCUGCAGAGACUUCUUUUGAAAGGAUGAGUGAAACUGACAAGAGAAGGGGCCAAUCUUCAUUGCUGAUUGGUAAUGGCGAGGUGUUUCUUGAUUCAUCGUUUGUUAUGGAGUCUCCGAAGCAGCUGGAUGUUUUUACGUGCGACUCUCUAGAUGAGGGAGGCGUGUCGAGUAGCUUCGCGACACCGACGCCGCAUCUACAGCAGCAGGAAAUGUGUGAACAAACGGAUGAUGAUGUUCUGUCCAAGUCGAGGAAGCGUUCAGAUACUCAACGAAGCAAUAGAAGCAGGUCUACUGCCAAGCAGAUUCUGAAGGGCACGUUCCAGGGGACACAUUACAAGGAGUAUGCUAACUUUUUGGGGAACCCGGAAAACAGGGCUAUCUUGCAGGAGUUCAUUGCUUUGCUACAACCAUUGCCGGUGUCCCUGUUGUUUUCGCUGCGGAAGUUAUCUAGGUCGCUUUAUUUCAUUGCUGAAGCAGGGGCUAUCGAUGCUAUGUUAGAGGAGGUUAGUAUUCAAUGGGUACAGAGACAUAAGACGUCCCAUUAUCAAGGUAAUUUUAAACUAGUGCAUAUUAUUUUGUUUUCUUUGUUGAUUUUGAACUCAGAUUUAUACAAUGACAUGGCGCAUGAGAAAUUUUCUUCCACUCAGUUCGUUGACAAUACGGUUUACGCUCUAUUGAAAGAGGCACCUACAAUAGACAAACAGAAAUUUGAAAAUGAACUGCGCGUGUACUAUGAUAUAUUGUCGAUGAAUCAGUUGCCUUUGUACAAGGCUGCACCCGCUUCGAAUCCGAAGUUGCCUGUACCCAACUCGCGGAAGGGGUCAAGGUUUAAUCCGAGAUCCAAUCGCUUAGAGAGGACAUUCUCCAACUCAUCGAACUAUUCGAUGUCUACAGUGUCGCUCCAAAGAACACCAAAUUCCAAGCAGUCCUCUGCUGGAUUGACGAACUGGAAAUACCAUCAUGACAAGGAGCUUCCUACUUUAUAUCUGAAAGAACAACUUGAUGAAGAAAUGAAUCAGAAACCUAAUACAUCUUGGCUCAUGGAUCAUGCUAUUCAAUUCCAAGAACCCGUCGAGCCAUCACCACCUAAAGAUAUGCCUCCAGCUUUGUCGCUGUCGCCGAAUGUGCAGCCAAAAAGAAGAUUAUUUGGGUGGUUGAAGAAAGACCAUUCUGAUUCUAUAUUCAAGGCCCACCACGAUUUGAGCGCCGAACGCAAGUGGCUGAAUGCAAGAGUGCGGAUAAGCGAGGGAAGAUUAUACAUUUUCAAUUUCAAACAUCACAAAGCUUUAGAUCCCAGGGUAGCUGACUUAGACCUUUGCAGGAAAAGAUCUCUUUCAUACUCUGUCCAGAAUCUCUAUGGUGCCCAGGCAACUUUUAUCCAGGAUAAUAUCGUAUACAACAGUGAUCACAAGACUUGGAACUUCAAGAUUGCAUUCCCGAAAAGCAUAGAUUGCGACAAUGAACGAAUCUACCAAUUCCAAACAACCGAUAUGACUGUUGCUCAACAAUUUGUCCAAUGUGCCACCUUCUGGAGUGCGCGAAUUACCCCAAUACCAUCAGCACAGUUCGAAAUGGUCUCAAAUCAAGAAUAUGGGUGGAGCGACAAAUUACUUAAUAAUGAGCAUUCCCCAUUGGACGUCACCCUUUCGGUCUGGACCCCAUUUAUUGGCAUAGAUUCCAUUUAUGAAGACAUUGACGAUUUUGGUAGUCUAUCAUUAAAAAUGCAGUUAUACAACCUCAAAGUAUUCACCGACCAAUUAUCAGAAUUAAUCGACAAACACAAUGCCUGCAAACCUAAAAUGGUAUCUACCUGGCUCCACACGGGCACUACAAAAAUGUUCGAAAUGGCCAUGGACAACUGGAACCGUCGGUACUUGUACCUAAACAAAAUGUUCGAAAAGCACAACAUGUACCUGACAUCCUUGAAAACUGCUUGCGAAAGCGUACAACUAACAACUCUCUGA